AUGACAGGGAGGCGUGGUCACGCCGCUGCGAGGCGGGAGCGACGGGUGGAGUCAACGCCGAAAGCUGCGUGCGCAGCCAUGACCCCUCUGGGCCGCCAAUCGGAGCGGGGGGCGGAGCCGCUCCGGCUUGGCUGCCGUUUAACCCCAACCCUGGACUCUCCUACGCACCAGACGACCCCGCUCCGGGUGCCUCGGAGCUCAGGGUUCCGGAGGACCGACCCAGAACUCUUCCCGAGUUGCCAUGCGCCCUUCCGGUCACCGCGUCCAUCUCCCAAGCCUGAACAGACUGAUGAAAACAGCAGUGUGGAGUCUUUGAACUCUGACAUUCAGAAACUGAAGGAGAGACGGGACAUGCUGGACAAGGAGAUUGCCCAGUUAGUAAAAGAAGGCUACCGUGUGGGUGAACUGGAGAACCAUAUCGCCCUCCUCCACGAAUACAAUGACGUCAAGGAUGUGGCACAGAUGCUGCUGGGAAAGCUGGCUCUGACCCGAGGUGUCACCACCAAGGAGUUAUAUCCAGAUUUUGGUCUAGACCUGAGUGACUGAGCAGUCGUGCAGAUUUUUGUCUACAGCCCAUGGGGACAGGUGGAUGGGGACAUGAAAAGCAGAGAGCCCAGACAGUACAUUCAUGUGGUUUCCAGAUAAAAAAUGCUAGAAGCCCAAAAUUUCCUAAAGAGUCCAAACUAAGUUUAGGGUGGGUCCUAGAGAAGGGGGGUGGUGGUAGGGGUGGGUAUUAUCGGUUCUGAGGUUCCUGAAUGUACUUGUGCAUGGAUGUGUGUGGUUGUCCCUUUUGUUAAUAAACAUGAGCAGUCUCUA